CCGAGAGCGGCGCAUGGCUUCACCAAAAUACUCGCCUUGAAACGCGGGAAACUUGAAUAUUAUCCGAAACAAACUAUACAUCAUUUUUCAAACGUUUCUUAAAACUAUAUGUGAUAUUUUCGAAAAAUAUAUAUUUUGACCCAAAGCUCCGCUACCAUUGUUUUUUCAGUGUUGUGUUAACAAACAAAUCGGUGAUCGUUAGUCAGCUGCGAUUACUUUCGUGUAGAGAAAUUGUGCAUUGUGAUCGUGUGGAAGGUACUCAAACUGUACUUACGGAACGUAACAUGCAAAUGAGUACAUAAGACAUUAGUAUGAUUUUAAUUGCGUCGGAAUAUUCAUGAAAAGAUUGUUCGUAUAAUAGAGCUGCGGCUGCUACGCCGUAUAAGUAUUUUGUUCGUGAGUGUGGAAGUAAUUAAGAGUUAGAAGGGAUCGUAAGACGGAUGGUGUGCGAUGGUGGCGCAAUGCUGUGCCUGGAGUCGUUGGUGACGAGAUGGCGCGAGCGUGGGGACCGUAAUGAGAGACGAGCACGCUCGCGAAGCCUCUGCUCCUCGGCCGCCGACGGCAGCCUCCUGCAGCUGUUGCACAGGCGAGCCAGUAGCGCUAUUUCGUCAGCGAGUGAGCUAAUCUCCAGGCGUGGUGUGUUCUCACGAAGACAAUAUGGGUCCGUGGAGCAGUUGUCAGCUACAAGCGAAGUUAGUGGCGCAGUGGACGCAAUCAUCCGCCGCUAUCGUCUCGAGAACGGGAAUUCGCUGGGCGAAAAAGAUGAGUUGUUUGGUCCGCCCAGCGCACCGGUACUCGAAAAUCCCGAAUUCCAGACGCGAUGGUACUUCAAAUACUUUCUUGGCAAAAUGCACCAAAACUACAUAGGAGUAGAUGGCGCCAGAGAGCCAUAUCUUUUGAGCGUGGUGCAGGAGGGGGCGGGUCUUUUACGAGCAAUACUCUUCAAUAAAAUGGGUGCGCAUAAAAUUUACUUGCCAGCAAGUGCUUGGAGUGGCGGAGGAGGUCAAGCGCCGACGAGGCCCACCCUCAAGCAGAUCCUAUCGCAAUUCACAGCCAUCGAGAGGAUUGAUAAAAUGCCUAGAGAGAUAACGUGUCCCGAACUUCAGAAAGACAUAUUAUUGCUCGAAGAACAAGAAGGGUCGGUAAAUUUCAAGAUCGGCGUUAUGAUAAUGAAGCCAGGCCAGAGGACUGACGACGAAAUGCUUUCAAAUGAAAAAGGUAACGAGAAAUGGGACAGAUUUAUUUCACUUUUGGGGGACAAGAUUCGAUUAAGAGGAUGGAACCGUUUUCGAGGAGGUCUCGAUGUCAAAGGUGACAUGACUGGCAGCCAUUCCAUUUACACGAUGCACCAAGGCCACGAAAUUAUGUUCCACGUAUCAACAAUGUUGCCGUUCUCUAAAGACAACAAACAACAGCUCGAGAGGAAGCGUCACAUCGGCAACGAUAUUGUCAACAUUGUGUUCACUGAAGACGCAGUGCACAACACCUUCAACCCACAAUGUGUUAAAAGCCAUUUUACUCAUGUAUUCGCAGUAGUAUCAGAAGUGGAGGGCGAAGGGUACCGCCUGAGCGUGUACACGGACGACACGGUCCCUCCAUUCGGGCCCUCUCUCCCGUGCCCGCCCGUGUUCAGUGACCCACAGCUCUUCAGGGAAUUCCUCUUAGUAAAACUAAUGAAUGGUGAAAAGGCAGCGUUUCAAACGCCAACAUUCGCUCUAAAGAGGCAAAGGACACUCGACACUUUGAUACGGGAUAUAUACGCUGAGCACUGCUCCGACCAUAAAGUGCCAAUGUUAUCGCGUCGCGCGUUAUCUGACGUGUGGUCGGGCGGAGCGGGCGCGGGCGGGGCAGGUGCAGCGCGCACGGAGCGCUUCCUGCACGUGGGACAGGCGCUCAAGUUGGACGCAGUAUUACGGGGAGAUGCCCCCACCAGCCUUGUGUCUACUGGUUCAGGAGGCUCCCGUCGCGCUCCCUGGGAGGGGCGGUUGUGGCGCGCAGCACCUCUGCCUGCCACGCCCGUAUGUGCGGAGCAGCUGGCAGAUGGCAGAGUGCUACUAUCUACCACCUCCAACACUUAUAUACUUGAAGAGAGCGGCACGACGCGCGUGGUGCUGCGGUGGGAGGGGUGCGUGCGGUCGGCGCGGCGCUCGGAGCGCGCGGGGCUGUUCCGCGUGGGCGCGCGGGCCGCGGGCGGGGGGUCCACCACGGGCGGCGCGGGGGGCGCGGGCGUGUACGCGCUGCCGCUGGCCGCGCUCUGCGCCGGCGCCUGGGCCAUGCGCCCGCUGCAGGACUGCAAGCACGCGCGCCUGCCGCGCACCAAGACCGCGCACUACUUCGACCUGCUCGAACAAGGCGAGGGCGGCAAGACUUUCUUAGCAAUAGCAAUAGGCAGAAGAAUUCUUCUUUUAGUUGAAGAGCCAAAGACUGAUAGUGAAAUGGGAUUUGAAUACACCCAUUUCAAAGAUAUCCAACUGAGUGAGACACCGGUUUUACUGAAAAUGAUGGACGGCGAAGUUCCUGUCACCGUCAUAGGAUAUAAACACCAUUGGGAAGUUAUAGAAACCAGCACAGGACAGACGAUAAAACGAGCGGAUAGUUCCGAAGAUAACGGUCCGCGGCGCGGUGCGCUCGUCAACGCGCUGCGCAUUGGGGAUGAACGGGAUGGACAGCUGCUGCUGUGUUAUAAUCAUACCUGCCAUUUUGAAAGACUAACAAGCAAAGGUUUGGAAAGCGAUAGUGAAUACGACUUUCACUGGACAACCGUACCCACAGCUGUUGUGUGUGCAUUCCCUUAUAUUAUGGCUUUUGCUGAGGACUUAUUGGAAAUUCGUCUGGUUGCUAAUGGUUCUCUGGUACACGCUGCUUGCAUUCCUGGUUUAAAACUACUGUGUGGUAGAAAGGACAUAUUCUACGUGGCCUGUGCGCCCGAGUAUGUGCCGCUCGGGCGCGACAUCGAGCCGUGUCUACACGACAGCUACGAGCUCGCGCGGCUUGCUAAGUACUCUGUGGACGACGACGAUGCUGAUAGAAAUGACCAAAACACUCGCACACCCGAGAACAACUCCGCGUCAAGUCGCAGCAGUUCGAUCUCCUCUGAGCAGGAGAGCAUCCGCCCGCCGCUGCAGAGAAUGACGCCGAUAUCGCCGCCCACUUCACCACAGGAGAACAGCGGUCGUUGUGUGCGCAUCUACAAGAUCCCGCAGAGCAACCUGAGCGCGGCCGCCUACCAGCGACAGUCCGUCUCCGCGGACCAUGUUGUGUGCUCAUACUUUAAUGAUAGGCCAAAUAGCAUACGACAAAAACUAGCUGCGUUACGUCUGGACAGCAAGUCGAGAGGAGGCGGUGAUGAAGAAGCCAAUGAUUCACAGCACACGACGUAUAAUUAAACUAAUUGCACAAAUACCUAUUAAAAUAAGUGAUUUUAAUUUAAAAUUUAGCAUAAACAUUAUUUCUUUAGGUCAUAGGUAUUAUAGAAGAAUAAGGAACAGAAAACAACUGGAUAUUAUAAUAAGAUGUUGCACUUGAAUUGAAGCUUUCCAUUCAGAAAGUUAUUUUUGAAUGUGGUAUCUGAUGAAUCAAAUAAAUAAUAAAUGUGUUA